ACCCUCCUGCUGGAGGCCCGGAACCUCUUGGCUGGGAGGACUGAAUGGCAGCUCUUUGGCGCGGCAGGUCGUUGGUCGCUCUUGGCUCGGAGGAGUUGUUGUCGGCUCUUUGUCGCUGGAGGAGUUGCCGGGCGGACUGCCCCGCCUGCAGACAGCUGCGCUUCAAAACCGUAAGCAUUUAAGGAGCAGAAUGCCAGAGAAAGACAACGCCUUCAGCAGCAGCGACAAGAUGGGCCACAGCUCGAGCGACAUCUGCCGGGACUUUUUGCGCAAUGUCUGCAAACGGGGCAAGCGUUGCAAAUUCCAGCACCCCGAGGUUACCAAGGCGUCCGAGCUUGGCACCCUGAGCGGGGAGAUGCCCUUGGGCAAAGGGGAAGUGCCAGUUUGCCGCGACCACUUGUAUGGCGGCUGUCAGCGCGGCUCCAGGUGCAAAUUCCUCCACUUUGAGAGUGACGGCGCCAGCGCUCCCCGCGAUAAGACCUCGCCCCCAUUCGGAGAUGUCCACGAUGAAUAUGGCCACCUCCUGAAGAGGCGCUGGGUGGAGAGCAUGCGGCCUGACGUGUUCGACCUUGGUGUUUCCCGUCCCUUCGCGGCCGACUACCGUUACCUGGAGGAGGAGAACCUGAUGCUGCGUAAGAGGGUCGAGGAGCUCAAGAAGCACGCGUCAAACCUGAUGGCCACCAACGAGAUUCUCCUGGAGCAGAACGCCCACUACCGCAGCCAGCCCAAGGUGGUGACCCUGACCAGCACCGCCGCCGAGCAGCUGGUAGCGCCGCCCACUGUGGCCGCCGUCACCGCCUACAACCACAGCAUCGUGCAAGCUCACAACUCGCUGAGCAGCCAGGCCCUGCAACCCCGGCAGGACCUGCCUGUGCCCGCCAGUGCCGGACCCCCAGCCAGCGCCGCCCCUCCCCCUCCGCCCGGCCCUCACCUCACACCUGAGCUGGCCUUGGCCCAGACCAUUGCCCAGGGCAUGGCCGCCACACCCGUUUCCAUGACGGCGGUCACCGUCUCCAUCACGCAGCCCAUCCCCGGCAUCACGAUGAGCCACGCCACGACGCCGAUGGUCAGCUACGCCCUGGCCUCGCAGAGCAUGGGGAUUACCCCGAUCCCCCACUGAAAGGGCCCGUAUCGCAAAGGGUUCUGCUCCAGCUCGUUGUGACGUUGUUCCGUUUUAUCCAGUUGGCUUAAUUGCAAACUUUGAUUCUCAUGACAGAAACAUAGCAUUCCAGUCUGCCAGAUCAUUUCGCAUUUAUUCCUGGUCUUAGUAACUUCUGACGUUUGCAGCGGGGGAAAAGAAUUGAAAACUGCACACUCGUUGCCGCAAGAUUUGUCUAAUCUCUCCUUGAUUUUAUGGUGGUUUGGUCCUGCAAAUAGAGUACCCAUUGGUCACGCCAUUGAGCUGGACGCUGUUGAAAGCAGCUGGCAGAGAGAGAGAGCAAUAUCUUGGCUCAGUAUCCCAAAUCCACAGUUCUCCAUAUCACCAGAGCUGGCUGAGAAGCCAGUUAUCCAUGCAAUAUGAUGGAUGUGCAAGAGUUUGCAUAUUUCCUGUCGCAUUUUUGAAAAUUCUGCAUGUACUGCUCCGUCACUCUAACCUGUGGUUUAGAAGAUUUAAGUUCCAGUGUAGUCUUUGGCACCCAGCUUCUGAGAGAGAAGUUCCUUUGUCAAGCUUUUAUAUUUAAUUUAAAACAAGUUCAGUACAGUUUAAGGUACAAAGUGUUUGUUCUCCUUGAGCAUUUGUGGAAGGUUUUGACUGAGACUUUUCUCUAAAAUUUCCACUUAUAUAUUCCAUCACUUUAGAGGAUUCAAUUGCAAAAGUGAGCCCCAAAUUUCAGGAUUUGGGAGAUGACUUUGUAAAUUUUGUAAAAGGUUAGUAAGAGUCUCACCCACAAAAAAAACUGUCUGUGACUUUUGCCCACAUGGUUCAAACAUCCCUCCUUCUUCAAAUAAAUCUUGUAAUUUGCUUUAAAA